AUGUGGGAUCGCCGUACCUCGGAACGUAGCUCCAGGAGGCACGGCCUUCGCAAGUUCGAGGUUGGCCGCUCAAGUACGUGCUUCGUACCUGGAUGCAAAGGCGGGUAUCGAUCUUCCUCGCAAACGUUUUCUGUGUUUAAAGCCCCAACUAAUCUCUCGCGAAGGGAGCAAUGGGCCCGAAAUAUUAAACGGGCUGAGAAAGAGCUUACCAACGACAGCGUGGUUUGUGAACGGCACUUCGACGAAAGAUUCGUUGAAAGGACCUACCGGCACACAAUCAACGGUGAGGUUGUAGAAUUGCCUCGCGAUCGUCCACGUCUGAAAGAAGACGCCGUGCCUACUGUGUUCCCUGACGCACCUAAGUAUUUUACGAAGAAAGCUCCGAUAAAAAGGAAAGAGAGAAAUAUAUGUGAGCAGCGUGGACCUGUUGCAAAACGGCAAAAGCUUAAUGCAAUCAAUAGGCAAGACGCCCAGCAAGAAGACGCCGCAGCGCACACGCAGCUACGCCAGGAGCCAGAUAUACCAGAUAUCAUUGCCUCAGAUAAGCAGCAGGCCGUGGAACUUGAGCAUGUGUGUCAUAAUCUCCGCCCACCUGAUGCAACAUGGAAUAAGGUAACGCUUCCAAGUGAACGUGACAGUGUUUUCUUCGGAGUCUGUGCGCUCGGAGGCGAGCAGGUUGACCACAUAUUGCUGCCCAAGUUAGUGAAAAUCAAGUCGGAAAGCAACCAACCGGAAUCAUUGUGUUGCUCUGUAUUUCUCAGGGGCCAACUGCGCUCACAGUGCACUGUUUCUUCGCCGGAGGAAGCGCAGUCAGUGCUCGACAGCACACAUGCACUUGUAUGGUGUGGAGGCUGCGGCAUGAAAUCAGAGACGCAAGGACGAUAUAUAUCGUUUGCUGGGUGUUACUUUUCCAUCAAGUGCACUUACGUAUGUGAAAGCAAGGGCCCCUGCAUUCAUUGCAAAUACCCGAGAAAACUGCUGCAGAAUCAACUUUCACGAAAGCGGCGGAACGGGGGAAUAUCCAAGCGUCUGAAGAAGCAUGUUAACACACGCCGCAGCUUGCGUACUGCUCAGAAAAAACUGCUGAAUGGAGAACGGGACCUAGCAGCGAUGCGUCAGGCAAAUCAACAAAUCGCCGAUGAGGUGCUUAGCGCCCGCAUUAAAAGCUUGCCUGAAAAGCAACAAAUGGCUGUCAGGGCCUGCUUCCAGGCUGCUACAAGAAAAUCAACAUCUGGGAUGUUGUACGAGAAAGAAUGGAUAUUAGAAUGUGUGCUUCUGCGGAUGAGAAGCCCAAAACUGUAUGAACAGCUCCGUAAGCAAAAAGUUAUCUUGCCCAGUCGUAUACGAGACAUCAUUGAAGAUAUGCAGCAAGUUAAGACUCAAGUUAUCAAGACCUUGCGCAUGCUCCUACUACCAGAAAAUGAGAUCAAGAUCAUCAUCAGACCCAAAGGAGCACUCAAUAUUUUCAAUGUCGGCAGCCCUACAGUGACUGCAGAUAUUCUUCAAGCAACGCAACUUAGCUCAGAUGACAGUCAAAAUGACACAAUCUGCUCGAACCAGCAAAACAUCAUGAUGAUCAGCACGCCCAGCCCGCAAAAUGCGGACCGGUACGUAAGAAUCAAGUCCAUCCAAGUCAACGGGGUAACCCACGAGACCGAGGGCGAGCCGUUCCAGAUCAAGAUCCACGUCGACUCCAAGAGCCAAACAUACCUCAGAAAAGGUGCCCAAAGCCAAACAAAGUUCCCAGAAACAAAUGUGGCAAGCAUGGUCUUGAGAGGAGAGGGUCCCGAGGUGGGCCAGUCAAAGUGCUUCUUCGGCACGACAAAGUCUGCCCAUUGA